AUGAGUGAUCAGGCUGCAGGCUCAAACAAAAGAAAGAGAGGUUUUAGUGAUCCAAUUAUGGAGCGCAAGAAGGCACCAAACAGGCUUCUUGUUGAUGAAGCAAUCAACGAUGACAACUCUGUGAUCACACUUAAUCCUACAACAAUGGAACAACUUCAGAUUUUCCGCGGAGAUACCUUGUUGAUCAAGGGAAAGAAGAGGAGGGAUACAGUUUGUGUUGCCGUAGCUGAUGAUCGUUGCGAGCAGAACAAGAUUCUGAUGAAUAAGGUUGUGCGGUCGAACUUAAGGGUGAGGCAUGGCGACAUAGUUUCGGUGCACUUAUGUACGAAUGUGCAGGAUGGCAAGAGGGUUCACAUACUGCCUUUGGAUGACACGGUCGAAGGCCUUACUUGUAGUCUGUUUGAUGCAUACCUGAAGCCUUACUUCAAGGAUUCCUAUCGUCCUGUUAGGAAAGGAGAUCUUUUCCUUGUCAGAGGAGGAAUGAGGAGCGUGGAGUUUAAGGUCAUUGAGACUGAUCCUGCUGAGUACUGUGUGGUUGCGCCGGAUACAGAGAUCUUCUGUGAAGGGGAGGCUGUGAGGAGGGAAGAUGAGGAGAGGCUUGAUGAAGUUGGCUACGAUGAUGUUGGUGGUGUUAGGAAACAACUGGCAUUGAUCAGAGAAAUGGUUGAACUGCCAUUAAGGUUUCCGCAGCUUUUCAAGACCAUUGGUGUGAAGCCACCGAAAGGAAUUUUGCUUUAUGGUCCUCCUGGAACAGGUAAAACAUUGAUAGCAAGGGCUAUUGCUAAUGAAACUGGGGCUUUCUUCCUUUGCAUCAACGGGCCAGAAAUCAUGUCCAAGUUGGCCGGAGAGAGCGAGCAAAAUCUGAGAAAAGCUUUUGAAGAAGCUGAAAAGAAUGCUCCUGCAAUUAUAUUUAUUGACGAGAUUGAUUCAAUUGCUCCCAAACGUGAGAAAACUGGUGGGGAAGUUGAGAGAAGGAUCGUUUCGCAGCUACUGACUCUUAUGGAUGGGCUUAAGGCUCGCGCCCAUGUUAUUGUAAUAGGAGCUACAAACCGGCCUAACAGUCUAGACCCUGCAUUAAGAAGGUUUGGAAGGUUUGACAAAGAAAUAGAUAUCGGUGUUCCUGAUGAAGUUGGUCGCCUUGAGAUUCUUCGUGUCCAUACAAAGAAGAUGAAGCUCUCUGAAGAUGUAGACUUGGAAAAAGCAGCCAAAGGAACUCAGGGGUAUGUUGGUGCAGAUCUUGCAGCUCUUUGCAGUGAAUCUGCCCUACAAUGCAUUAGGGAAAAGAUGGAUGUCAUUGAUUUGGAAGACGACACCAUUGAUGCGGAGAUUCUUAAUUCCAUGGCUGUUACGAAUGAACACUUCAAUAUUGCUCUUGGAAACAGCAAUCCUUCUGCUCUACGUGAGACCAUUGUGGAAGUUCCCAAUGUUAGAUGGGAAGAUAUUGGUGGCCUUGAGAAGGUCAAGAUGGAGCUUCAAGAGACUGUUCAGUAUCCCGUGGAGCAUCCUGAGAAGUUCGAGAAAUUUGGCAUGUCACCUUCUAAGGGAGUUCUUUUCUAUGGCCCUCCUGGUUGUGGUAAAACAUUGCUGGCUAAGGCUAUUGCAAAUGAAUGUCAAGCUAACUUCAUCAGCAUCAAGGGUCCUGAGCUUCUAACAAUGUGGUUUGGGGAGAGUGAAGCCAAUGUCAGGGAUGUUUUCGACAAGGCUCGCCAGUCGGCACCUUGUGUCCUAUUUUUCGAUGAACUUGACUCCAUUGCCAUUCAAAGAGGAAACAGCGUAGGAGAUGCUGGUGGUGCAGCUGAUAGAGUUUUGAACCAACUCCUCACUGAGAUGGAUGGGUUAACAGCCAAGAAAACAGUCUUUGUCAUUGGUGCUACCAAUAGGCCUGAUAUAAUUGACCCCGCACUUAUGAGGCCCGGUCGCCUUGAUCAGCUAAUUUAUAUCCCUCUACCAGAUGAAAGUUCUCGACUGCAGAUUUUCAAAGCUUGCCUGCGAAAAUCACCGGUCUCAAAAGAUGUCGACCUUCAAGUUCUUGCCAAGCACACUGAAGGCUUUAGUGGUGCUGAUAUCACAGAGAUAUGCCAGAGGGCUUGCAAAUAUGCUAUCAGGGAGGACAUUGAAAAGGAUAUGAAGACCAAGAUCGAAGGCGUGGAAGACAGCAUCGAGGAAGGAAUUGCUGUGAUUAAAGUUUCUCACUUUGAAGAGUCCAUGAAAUAUGCUAGAAGGAGCGUGAGUGAUGCUGAUAUUCUCAAGUAUAAGAUGUUUUCUCAAACACUGCAACAAUCCAGAGGUUUUGGUGCUGAUUUCACAUUUUCAGAGGCAGCAGCAUCAGCUAAUGGUCUCAAUCCAGUUGUGACUUCUGCUGGUGGAGAUGAUGAUGAAGAACUUUAUUGA